GCUCAGCCACCCGCCUCCCCAGCCGCCUUCUUUGCGUGCCGGUUGUUCCUCUGGAUGCUCCUUCGUCUGUGGGGCGUCCGGCCGGCAUGUGCCCAGCCUGCCUGCACAAAGCCAUUCACAAAGGCUGGGCUCUACAAGACCAUCCGGAGAGUCCUGGACAUCGACGGCUGGUACUUGAUGGUCACGGACUACCUGGAGUGCCGUCGGUGUCAGAGGAAGGUGGCUGGAUGGUCGCAGGAGGUCGUCAGACAGCUGGAGCCGGGACGCCAGUCUCAGUUCCCGGCUCUCUUGACGUACAUGCUCUCCUGCGACCGGCGGGUCAUUUCCAUGCUGCGUGAGCGUACUCGGGGGAACAGCGCCACGCAGCUGUACAAGAAUGGAUGGAUUCGACAAAGAAGGUGACCCGGAAACUCGCCGGUGCCGCUGCUGGGACCGCAGCAUGGGCGACAAACGUUGGGAACGAGCAUGGGCAAGUGCUAAUGUCCGUGCUCACGGCCUCCGAGGGGCCCGUCUGUUGCCCAUGGCUGCGGGGAUUGUGCAGCGGUACCAGGACGCCGGGGUGGAGCCGCCACAGGUCCUCUACGUCAACCAGGACUGUUGUUCCUCCGACGGACGACCGGGGGCAGCUGCUGCCAUGUUCGCCGAGUGGGGCGAGCUGGUGGUCCGGUUGGACAUUUGGCACCUGAUGCGCCGCUUGGCGUCAGGUGUCACAACCGAGAGCCACCAGCUCUACAGGCCCUUCAUGCAGCAGCUGUCCUCCGCCAUUUUCGAAUGGCACGAGGAGGACGCAGCCCGGUUGCAGGACGCGAAGAAGAGGACGCUGGUGGCGCAGGGCAUGUCCUUCCCGUUGGACGCCGGAGUUUGGAGGCACGUCAGCCGCAAGGAGAUGGCCCUCCACUGCCGUCGACGCACGCGUGGAGCUGCGGAGUCGGAGCGGCUGAUCGAUGACCUCCUGAAGAUCUUCAGCGGCGAUUGGGGGACGGGACACCACGGGCAUUCCACUGUUGGACCAGGACCGCAUCCAGGCAAUCUGGGCAGUGCAGAAGCGCCACCUCCGCUGCAUUCAGGACCCAUCUGCCAUCUUCCAUCUGCACCUCAACCUGUUCAUUCCAGGAGACAGUGCCAGCGCCUGGUUGUUCCAGGCCUUUCUCCUGGAAGGGUUGAUGCGGUGGUGGAACGAGGACAGGGCGGCGUCAUGGCGGCGGGACGGCCACUGCUCCGCUCCUACGCCCCCCUGCAGUACUCCCUGGACCAGCUCAGCCAAAGGGUGCUUGGCAUCACCAGGCCCAGGGAGUACACCGGGGAACUCAUCGGUAUUGAGUACCUGUAG